CGUUGAUGGCGAAGGUUUGGCUGUCCGAGGAUGGCACGAAGGAAUGCGACGGCCCCAAAGCGCCCUCACGUCCAAGUCGGCACCAGAUCUAUCGCGUCCUUGUCAAGGCCAGGUGUGACAAACUGAAGAAGGUCAAGGCCGAACUCGAAGAUGCGAUUCAGAGACUUGAGAAGGAACAACGGCGAGCGCGGCAGCCUGCGAGUCUAUCUUGGGAAAACAUUGCUUUGGCGCUGAAAGAUAGCAGCGAGGAAUCGAGGCGCCAGAAUCGAGACUUAAGGGACAAGAUUCAAGCGUUCCAUCAACUCGUGAAUGACUUGGCACCGUGGGCUGCUUUAACGAGGGAGUUGGACCCAACGAGCACGACGUGGCGCGACACAAGUCUUCCGAUCCACCCUGAGUCGAGAAGAAUGGCCAAAACGUGGAUCACCCAGAGAAUGAUCCACAACACGGACGCCAUGUUCCAGCAGCAUGGGUUUGUGUCGAGGGACGACCAAUGCGUCGAUGUGUGGUGUGACGUGGACGUUACGGUCUCCGACACCGGGACGCUGUGCAAAAUUCGCCGCAACUUCAUCUCACCGCAAACGCUGGAGCAAUCGGUGGCGUUCGUGCGGGAAAAUUGGUUGGAAGCCAUUCUCAUCGAAGCCCCUCAAGACAGCGUACUCAACACUGUGUCGUGCUUGGUCACUCACUUCGGCUCGUAGGUCAUUCACGAAUGUGAUGGCAAUACUAAACUCGGCACAGUCAUUACUUCCGUCGGUGAAUACAUCCAUCUCCUCUGGGCCGAGUUCCACCAAGGCCCGGAUCGAUGCACGUUUGUUCUGCGACAUAUCGUCGACGACGACGCGCAGAGCCCGUCGGCGCACCUUCACCAGCGAAGUCGCAAUAUUUGGUCGACUCUUGUAAAGGUUUCUGGCAUGUGGACCUAACGAUUCAACUUUAGGUUCGACUACACGCGCCUUGCAGACGGCCGAACAAGGAAACGCGUGCUGUCGUUUGUGUCGAACUGCCAUUUCUCGGGAGAGCUGGACCUGGAUGCUGAAGCAAGCAUGACUGGGCUCUCCCUCGUGGAUUGUCCAGACCACUUGAAGGAAACCCGUCUGCGGCAGCAUGUCGUCAACUUGAUUCACUGCCGGCUGCGGUCGCGAAUCGACUACCCUGCCGCUGGCUACACGCUAAACAAAACGAUGCAAGAUUGCCAUUAUUCUUUGGCUGGUUGAUUUGCGAGUGAAACGAACGAUUUAACAGGGCUGUGACGUCUCGAGCACUCGACAUCUCGUUGGUCGAAUCAAAUAUAUUGAUCGUCGUCACUCCAAGCCACGAAUUCACGAUCCUCCCCGUCCUUCCUGCUUCCAUUGUCGGCCCAACUGGAUCCUGUAAUCGACUUAUUCCUUCUACAAGUGGAGCGUACGUACCUCAGAACUCAUUUGGAG